GCGCGCUUGGGGCGGGCCCGGGCGGUGAGGGCCCUCCCCCUUGCAGCUCGGCGGCCAACGCCUUCGCCUCAGGCUGACUGGAGCAGUGCAGGUUCACCGACUCCUGGCGGGCGCCGGCGGGGAGGCGGUGCCCUCUCCCGCCAGCAAAUUUCUCCACAGGCCUUGGCCUCGACAGGUGCCUGCCGUGGACGCAUUCCUACCUGGGCCGUGUCUCUCUCUCUCUGGAGACUUCGCGCCUUAUGGUUGGGGACAGAGUGAGGUCGUUGCCUUGACGACAGCAUGAGGCCCGUGGUCCUCCUAAGAGCAAUCUUGUGGCGGGCCGAGGUCCCUUUGCCCCUCUGCCUGCCUCACCCAGGACCCGCGCCCGUGACCACGGAGGAAAUCGCGGCAGCCUUGGGAUCGCUGGCGUGUUAGUCAGCAUCCUUCAGACCUGGGAGCGAGAUGCGUGUCGCCUCGAAAUUGUUUCCAAGUUGAAAACCUUUGGGUCUCUCCAUGCGAAAGGGUUUUGAAGAAACACAAAAAAAAGCUCUUGCUGGUUUUAAAUUAAAAUGGAAAAAUAUGAGAACCUAGGAUUGGUUGGAGAAGGAAGUUAUGGAAUGGUGAUGAAGUGUAGGAAUAAAGAUAGUGGAAGAAUUGUGGCCAUCAAGAAGUUCUUAGAAAGUGAUGAUGACAAAAUGGUUAAAAAAAUUGCAAUGCGAGAAAUCAAGUUACUAAAGCAACUGAGGCAUGAAAAUUUGGUGAAUUUGUUGGAAGUGUGUAAGAAAAAAAAACGAUGGUACCUAGUCUUUGAAUUUGUUGACCACACAGUUCUUGAUGACUUGGAGCUCUUUCCAAAUGGACUAGACAACAAAGUAGUUCAAAAGUAUUUGUUUCAGAUUAUUAAUGGAAUUGGAUUCUGUCACAGUCACAAUAUCAUACACAGAGAUAUAAAGCCAGAGAAUAUAUUAGUCUCCCAGUCUGGUGUUGUCAAGUUAUGUGAUUUUGGAUUUGCACGAACACUGGCAGCUCCUGGCGAGGUGUAUACUGAUUAUGUGGCCACCCGAUGGUACAGAGCUCCAGAGCUAUUGGUUGGUGAUGUCAAGUAUGGCAAGGCUGUUGAUGUAUGGGCUAUUGGUUGUUUGGUAACUGAAAUGCUCGUGGGGGAACCUCUAUUUCCUGGAGAUUCUGAUAUUGAUCAGCUGUAUCAUAUUAUGAUGUGUUUAGGUAAUCUAAUUCCAAGACAUCAGGAGCUGUUCUAUAAAAAUCCUGUGUUUGCUGGAGUAAGAUUGCCCGAAAUCAAGGAAAUAGAACCUCUUGAAAGACGUUAUCCUAAGCUCUCUGAUGUGGUGAUAGAUUUAGCAAAGAAAUGCUUACAUACUGACCCAGACAAAAGGCCCUUUUGUGCUGAGCUCCUACACCAUGAUUUUUUUCAAAUGGAUGGAUUUGCUGAGAGGUUUUCUCAGGAACUACAGUUAAAAGUACAGAAAGAUGCCAGAAUUAUUUCUUUAUCUAAAAAAUCCCAAAACAGAAAGAAGGAAAAGGAAAAAGAUGAUUCCGUAGGUGAAGAAAGAAAAACACUUGUAGUACAGGAUACUAAUGCUGAUCCUAAAAUUAAGGAUUAUAAAGUAUUUAAAACAAAAGGACCAAAAAUUGAUGGACAAAAAGUUGAAAAAGGCAGUAAAACGUCAAAUGCCAGCUGUCUACAUGACAAUGGGGCAGGCUAUGUCAAAACAGUGCCUUCAACAAGCCUCAGAGACUGCAGCAAUGUCAACGUGGAUCACACAAGGAAUCCAGGCAUGGCAAUUCCCCCACUCACGCACAAUCUUUCUGCAGUUGUUCCUGGUAUUAAUUCUGGAAUGGGGACCAUAUCAGCAGUUCAGAGUUACAGAGUGGAUGAGAAAACUAAGAAGUAUUGUAUUCCAUUUGUUAAACAGAAUAAAUAUUCCCCAUCAGGCAUUUAUAAUAUUAAUGCGAACACAUCAGUUUCUAGUGAAAAGAGUCUCCUUCAGGCAAAUAAGAAAAGAAGAGAAUACUCCAAGACAGAUGUCCAUUUACCUGAACUAAACUAUAAUCAUCUCCCCGAACUAAGAGCCUUGGAAGGCCUAGCUCGAAAUCCCAGGCUAGUAAAGAAAGAGAACAAAAUUCUUUCAGAAUCUCGAAUUCCUUCUCUGGCUGCUGUUGACUUGCACACCCCGACUAUUGCAUUACAUCAGGCAUCAGGAGCUCCCCUAUCGGAUGAUUUGGAGCCUGAUUUGCCUCAAAUGGAACACCAGCACUGAGGAUCAUUUUGGUUCUGAACUGGAUGCUGCUCUAGCAUUUGAGAUGACGUCCUCUUGCAAUAAGAAUGCUGAUAUCCUAAGAGGAUAGAUUUGUGGUUUUGACUGUUUCCUUCUGAACUACCUGCGUUUUCUGAGAAAGGCUUUGCAGAGAAAGGAAAGACAAAGACUUCCAAAUAUGAAGAUCGAACAAGUGCCCUCCCCAACUGUUACCCUGUCACCUUUCAAGUCCACUGAUGCUAUUUCAAGAUAUAGCUGAUGAAAGAAUAGUGUUAUAGUUCUUGUUACAUGAAUGUGUAUUUACUGUUAGUAGAUUGUAUAUUUAAAGUUAAAGAUUAAAAGUAUGUAAAAAAGAGACAGAGAAACAUUAUAAAAGGUCAUGUAUUCAUGCACUGAACUUUGUAUGUUAUCUGUAUAAAUGUGUACAUUUAUUUAGGAGUGGGUUCAGUGAGGUAGGUGAUAAAAACUAGGAUCAGUUGAAGCAAAUGAAAAAAACUAGGAUCAGCAAGAGAAAAUGUUUCCUUUAACCUACCUAUAAAAACACACUUAAAAAUCUUACUUGUUUCUAGGCAUUAAGGGGAUAUGUAACUGUUGUCCAUGGAUAGAGAUGUGUAUCCUUGGUUUCUGUGAUUAUGGUUGAUGUUUGAUCAUUGUAUUAUGGUAAUCUGGCCUCUCUGCUGAUCUUCUAAGAACCACACUAAUGCAAAUCUAGCAGUAAAACCUUUUAUUUCUAAUGACUUACUACAACUCUGGCAAUGGAUAGUUCUGUGUAUUGUAAGAUUCUGGUGCUAUUGUUCCUGUGUGAAGGAAUAUAAUUGGAACAAGAGUGGAGAAGGAGAUUUUUAGGUAUAUUGCGGAGUUGAGUACUGUGCCUCUCAUUGAAAAAAGAGGUAUCCAUACAAAAUUAGGCAAUGGAAAACAGGGUUACCUUUUAAUCAGAACCGAUUACUGUGGUUCCAAUUGCUACUGAACCACCCAACUGAAGAGACUUUAGGGAGGGAAUGUUCAUUAUUAGGGACUACACUCUUGUCCACUGGUAGUUUGAGAUUGAUAUUAGAACUCAGAGCAAUUCUUGUCUUCUUGUUACCUCAAACACUUAGGCCUUCCCCAAAACUUUUCACUAAGUUGCAAAGUCAUUUACUCAACAUUCCAUACAUCUUUUCUAAUGCAUGGGUCCAAAACUUUUUAGGUGGGAGGGAUAAACCAGUUUGGCUCCAGGUUCUUGGAGUCUGGGUUUUUAGCCAUGCUCUGCACUUAUCAUUUUAGAGAAUGGUUUUUAAGGGAACCAGAAUUUGGGGGUUUUGUCCUAACCAAUUAACAGUGUGUUGUUUUUUCCCCAAAGACAUUGAGUAGAACUUAGCCCAAGAAUUUAACUAGAACUUUUCUUUAUUACUGUGAGCUCAAUAUUGAAAUUCUGACCUUAGACACUAAGCCUCAAAAGAGUAGGACAUUCAGGAGGAGGCAAAUAAGGGAUUUCAAUAUACAAGUCCAUAGAUGGUGGUUAAAUUAAAAUUUGAUCUUGAUUUAAAAGCUCUAUCUUUAGCCUCCGACUAGAUGUUUCAUAAGGUUAGUAUAGCUGACAUGCUGGAAAAAAUUAGUGAAUUGGCAUUAAUAGGCUUCACAUUAAAAUGUUAUUAUUUUGUUUUUACUUUAAAGAAUAUUGCCAAAAGACAAUGGAAAGCAGAAAGCAGCAUGGAAAGCAGAUAAUACUUAAAGUCAAAUGCCACUCCAGCUCAUUUAAAUGCUAUUUUUAUUUAAGAUCAGUGUGAAAAUAUCAGCUCCAUGUUUGAGGUCCUAGGAUCAAUUACUUUCAAAUUUCUGUACUUGCUCUUAUUAUCUUUUGUCUAUUAAAACACCUUGUGAGCUUUAGAAUUAAGAAACUAAAAAUUAUUUACUAGUAGUUCAAGUUGAGACUUGAGAAUCAUAUCUGGUUAGAACCUUGGCAGAACUACCAGGAAAAGAUUUACAAAUCGAGGUUGAAGAUACUGAACCAAAAUAAUCUUUUUUUUCAGCUUAAGGUGAGUCCGUCUUUACAAGUAUAUGAUUUAGUCACAUACUAAUAGGGAAUAUGUGUGGGUGGCAAUGGGUUUUCUGUGUGUAUGUAUACUUUACAAUUAAUAAAUAUCUUACCAAGCUCCAUAGAUGGUUUUAAUUUAUAGGCUAUAAAUAAUGCAUCCGCCACUGUAUGGUAUGUAACAUAUAAGUUUGCAAUAAUUUGUUAAUUCUUUUCUUGGGAAACUUGAUGUGGUGGGGGCAAUUUAAUUUUCUUUGUGUAGUUGGUGAUAGAAGUAGCAUGGUCAUAACAUGUCUUGUAAAGACUGACUGGUGAAAGUUGUGACAGACCUAGGCUUAGGACCUGGUUCCCCUGAUUGGGAAUCCCUUGCUUGGUUAGAGCAUCUGACUUCCCACUGAAAUGGGAAGGAACAUGGAUGCAUUUUCUUAUGUGACUCUCUCUAUUGGUUCCCUUAUCUCAGUUGUGCUACCAUAUAGGUCUGGAUCUGUACUAAGCUGUGAGUCAGACUAGACCUAAAAAUGUGAUUGACUUUCUAAGCCCUCCUUGGUAUGACGUAACCACAGGCAGGGAGUUAGAAAGGCACCAGAGCACUGCUUCUAGGGGUGUAGGCUAGUUUUAGUGAAUUGAACUAAAUGGAGUUUUCUUUAUUGUUUUGCAUUAAGUGUUUAUGCAUUAGAAAUAAGUGCUUAAUGCUCUGUGUGAAUAAAAAUUAUGUUCUCACA